GUUUCGCCGCUGGCUCAAUGGAGAGAGCUUGUUCAAGGAGAAGCAGAUCAAACAGGAAUGGCACCCCGACAAGUUCAAGGAGGCAGUCAGAGAGGUGCUAAGGAACGAAGAUGAUCAGGAAGACAUUGAGCACACCAAGCGGCUCCAGGCCUGCAUGGACCGUGUCAAGCAGUACUCGUUGACACAGGGCAGCAAUCGUCUCACCAGGGACACAUUUCCCGGCCUGAUGACCAUGAAGGAUUACGGUCCCCUGCGUAUCGCGUUCAUGGGCCGGCCCAACACUGGAAAGAGUCACACUGCAACAUACUGCGGCUGUUUGAUCAGGCAGCCACUGAAGAGGUGUUUUCAGCGGGGGAAGGAGACGCAAGGGUGCGUGAAACAACGUUGACAACCGACUCCAAUGGGGAGAUCAUUCUACGCAACAGUCGAGGUAGUGGGGAGAAGCUUGGACUCGACUCGGAGGUUCUCGUCUUGGAGGCCAUUCUCACCAACAAGCUUCACGCUAGCGACGAGUGCUACGAGGAGAAAAUUCGCCACAAUGACAACAGUCCCAUGGCCGAUCAAUGCCACGGUGUGAUUUUCAUCAUCACUCCACGAGGGUGUGGCGAAGAACCCUCCCCCAAGCCCGGGAGUCACACAGAGGAAUCAUUUUGGAGUGGCUUCCAGCCACUUCUCAAGCAACUGGAUCUUUGUCCGGUCACCUGCGUGACACACAUCCGAGAGGGAGAUCCGCCACAUGACUUGCUGGAAGGCUGGAAGAAUGUUCCUCAUGCAACACAGCUUGUCGGUUCAUCCCGAAACAACGUGUUCCCCAUCGAGAACAUGCAUCCGAUGACAGACAAGACGGCAGUGUUGAAGCGCCUUCGUCAGGAGCUGCUCCUUGCGCUGUUGGAGGUUAUUUACCAGGCUGAGCAGCGGCUGCACCGAAUCGAGUUAAGGACCCUGAGAGAGACGGAUCGCAGCGCAUAUGUCAAAACACAACCCAAGUACGCCGUGGCCCGGUUCAUUCACAGCACAGCUGAAAAGUAUGCUUGGCCAUCGCAUCGUGUGGCGACGAUCGAGAAUGCGCUCCGUGACCAGUGGUUGGCCCUGGGGCUGGCGCGGGAUGAGGACUACUUGACUCCGGAGCACUUCAUUCGUAUGAUGUCGAUGGCGGCCGUGUGCCAGAAGGUGUUCAGGUCAAAGUCUCAGCUCAAGCAGAUUGCCGCCGAGUUGGACAGCUUCCGACGUUGCUGGAGGGUGUGAUGACGACUAGUUGGCGAUGAUGUUCAUGCGGAAUUCAUUUCACGUCACACUGCACUGGUAUGGCACUCAUUGCGUGAUCCGCUCACGCCGUGCCCACUGCCCAGACCGUAACACGCUAGGAUUUAAUGCUGAUUACGAGUUCAUAUCUACUAAUACGCUUCUACUGCUUUUCCUAUGCCAUAUACGGGCAAGUGUACAUGUAGUGUGUGUGCAUGGUGCCCGAUCCAUGUUUUCUGCCUAUGCCCCUGUCGCGUCAUCUGCAGCUGUAGUCGCUCCGGAGGCAUCCACUGUGGCUGACUGGAUAUUGUAUGAGGAUUUGAAUGUUGUUUGAUUGCUCGCCAUGGCCCGGUUUUUCUUUUGUUUCCCCGGGCCUUUUUUGAAGUUAUUUGGAGCAGCUGGCCCAGUUUCUGCUUUGUUGGGUGAUUUUGCCCGUAAAAGAGGCCAUUUCACUUUGAGGGUCCAUGUUUGAAAUUGUGAUUGUCGUUGUUUUCUCGAUUAUUGCUUUGGAUUUCGUUUCUACAUUGCCUUGCUUUCCACCUUUUUGCUAUCCCACCUUUGUGUUCUAUCCAAUAAAGCCUUAAAGGCGUUGUAGACGA